GGCAGGUAGUCGGCUGAUGAGUGGCCUGGCGGUCUUAAGGCUUACGAUGUCAAGAAUUCCAAUGAACUUCCCAUCCUCACCUUGAGAGAGACGAUAAUGGAGCUUCUCGACGGAUGUCAGGGGGAAAAUGCUACUGGAGAGAGGGAAGAGAUUCAACAGAGAAUUGUGACCUGCCUAUUGACACAAUGUCUUUCGCUCGAAGAUGACACAGAGAAGAAUCCAUUUGUCGGCGUCUUUCCCGAAAUGAAAAAUACGUUCCUCUUUGAGCUCACGAGUGCUUGUCAUCUGGAACGAAGUUUUGUCAAGGUCCUAACCAGCUUCCCUGAAACUGCCGCUUUAACCAGUAUGCGUUGUGAUUUCAUCCAACACCUGUCCAGUGACCUUGACACAACAAACGUGCCUAGAUUGUGCCGAGCUAUUCAUCCAUUGCUUCCCAAUGCAUAUCUAGGACCGACGUCAGAGGUACUCCUUGCUGAUCUCCAAGCCAGUCUGGAGAAAAUCCUAACAGCACUGGUAAAAACAGACCAGCUUAAUACGUUACAGGUUUAUCUCAGUCUUUGCUGUUUGUUGGAAAAGUGUGCUCUUGGCAAGGGUGAGAAGUUGCUUGAGACUGAACACAGGACUGAUGCGGUAUACACUGGCAUACAGCGUCUCCAUUAUGGUUGGGAUGCGGAGGUUCCCGUCAUAAACAACGAUCAGCUGAAUAAUAGACAGGUGACAUUCCUCACAGUCUUGUUUGAGAAGAGUGAAGCAUUGUUUGCCGACGUUGGAAAUUUGCAGCUCAGCUUGGAAAAUAUGCGGACAGUUUGUGACGGUAUUCCUGGUCAUGCGAAUCUAUACACUGUGGCGGUCAUGCUGAAGACUUUGGUUUGGGUGUUCAGAAAUGUGGAAGGGCUUUCAAACAGUACUCUCAAGGGUGGGGAGAACCUGGCAACGGGUCUGGAAGGACUGCACAAAUCUUGGAGUAGCAUCCUUGUGAAAGAAACUGAAGCUAUUUAUAGGAAGUGUGAUCUUUUGACCAAUGUUUCCCUCAUUCUGGAUAAUAAACUGCCCCAUUGUAAGACAGUUAUGAUGGACUUGAUCAAAGUCAAUGACAGGGCUCUGAAAACUGAUCCAAGAUGGGUUGACAUUCUUGAAAAACACUGCCACUUGCUGGGGAAUGCUGAGGAUUUGAAGACACUUCUUCAUGAGUAUGUUGCCCUGGCCGUGCUGAAUCAUGAUUUGAGUGAAAGAGUGAGAACCGUCUGUCGUCAACUAUUCUGCAAACUAUCAGUCGCAAAGAAAGAUGAUUUGAUUCAUUAUGCCCUGGAACAUAAAAUAUACAUUGGGGAACAUUCUGAAUUCCACAACGCGGCAACCUUGGUUUUCAACAAGUUGUCUUCUAAAGUUCUCUCUCAGUCUGAGGCUGCUUGGUUAGCACUUGGCAACCCUGAGGAGUUCGUCAGAUUUGCUGUCGAGAAUGGUAUCGAACAUUCUGGGCAAGGCAAAGUGAUAGCGGAGUUGUUUAAGUCGCUACCAUCUGUUUGCAAAUACGACAAUCUUCUGACCAGUGAAAUAAAAAAUGCAAUGCAGAAAACACUGCCAGAGAAACAGCAGAAAAAUCUCAUCCAGUUUAUUUCGCACAUACUUUUGUCCAAAGGAAAUUCAGUGUUUUGUGGGAGAGAUUUUGGAGUAGACGUCGUCCUGCCUUUGGUGAACGUUGAAAAAAUCAAAUCUCUGUCUGGCUUGCCGUUUCCAUUUGUUAUGGAAAUUUUGCUGCAUCUCAUUGAUGUUGGGUCAAAAAGCUCCAAGUUUCCGGGUGAUGAGGAGCGUGUGCCGUUACUGGUGUGCCUGGCAGAUAUAUUGGACUACUGUUGUGUGCUCUGGGGAGGUGAUAGAAGUGGUGUAGAACUGGUUGAAGCAAAGGACAAUGUCCUGAACUGCUUGGUGAAAAUUGUUGGAUCACCUGAUUUCGUCUUGUUAGAUUCUGAGAGAAAAUGGCUCGAACAAGCCAUUUCAGAUCAUUGCGAUUCUGUGAAGUACCUCAUGAACAGUUGCCUCUCGACAUCUAAAGUCUUGACUCCACCAAAGGAACUUUGUAAACAUCCCGGACUCUGCCCAGCAGAGAGGCUGUCUCAGUUGCAAAGGUUAAUCCAGUUUUUGAUGUCAAUGAACGCACAAGGAAUUCAGGCCUUUGAUUAUCCAAAGGGUAGGGGGAUCGACUACUCUGAACUUAUUCUCGUGCUCUCGAAAAUCCUGCCGCAUCACCUUUCCCAAGAAUGGGCCAGGUGUGCCAUGGUACUGCAGCGUUUCUAUGACAACCGGCUGCUAGUCCAUCCCGACUACCUGGAUGAGCGUGUUUCAAGUUCGCUCGUGGUCUCCAGUGUCCUCCUCGAUGUGGUGCAGGUCGUGACAUCAUCGCUCCAAGACGUGACGUACAAACCCUCCAUGAUGAACCAUGUGGCAAAGUGUUAUGCUGUCUCUAUAAAGGAGUUGACUGAGGGCUGCUGUGAUGAGAUAGAAACUCUGUGCGCAAUGUUAAGCCAUGUGUGUUUGGUGUUGUACCUGCUGCCCUCUCAAGUAUCUGAUCCUCUCGUCGUGGUUGCCUUGAAUACGCUACAGCUAAUCCAAACACAAUUUACGCAAUCGACAGCCAAAGAUGAGGUGGAAACAAAGUUGAAUCCUGUGUUUAGCGUCCUUCAGAUGUCGGGGGAAAGAGACGAUGCUAAGAUUCUGAUUAAGAAACUGAAAAUGUUUCUGAAACUUUAUGCCUGAUGGUUUAUUGAACUGAGUAAUACUGUUGACAUUGGAUUAAGUAGCCGAUGUGGAAGAUCGGAAAAUAACCCUGUGAGCUAACCCUGUGAGCCUAUGCGAUGAUGUGGCGUCCGUCGUCGUCGUAUAUUAGAGCGGCACGUUUUGUAACCGCUUGAGGUCUGGACUUAAAACUUGGUACACAUGUACCCUGGGGCCCUUGGGGAGUUCACACCAAAUUUCGUCCCAAAAUUAUUCUUGGUUUGGCCAUCAGGGGGCGUAAUGCAAAAACUUAAAACAUGCAAUAGGACCAGUGAUUUUGGUCGGAUUCUCAUGAAAUUUUUUGGUACAUAUAGGUACUCCUAGCAAGGAUACAUCACAUAUCAUACGGGUUUUCGAUUUGACCUACUUUUCAAGGUCAGAGAGGUUAAAGAUCACUAAAUCACCGAUAGGUGGCACGUUUCGUUUCUAUUUGAGGUAGAAGGUUCUAAACUUGUGUGGGCAUGUAUCUGGGGACCCUCUGUUCUGAAAUGAUGCGGAAUAACGCAUGAUAUUUACAAAACCGGAAGUCCUUUAUUCCACAAAGAGAAAUCACACAGAACAUUUGGAUUGGCGAAUAGCAGAAGACAUUACAAUAAAUGAAUCAACUUUACUACAUCACCCCCCUUUUUCAGAAAGGUACAUCCGACUACUAAAGCUCAAUACUAAGUUGUUCUUUUGAAAAUAUUCAACUGUUCUAAAGUAAUCAAUUUUCAUUAAAACCAAGACCUGUAGUAAUUCAGUUCAGCAAAUUACAUAAAAACCAUGUUGUGACAUCAGAACAUGUGAAUCUCAUCAAGUGGGUACUCAACAGUAUAAUGUACCAUCAAACAAAAAAAACCUAGUAUUUCAACACAAUACAAGUUCCAACAAAUGACAAGAACUGGAACAUUCAAAGACAAAGACUUUCCAAUUCACUUGACAAAAUAGAAAUGUCCGAAGAAAUGAUUCACCAAAAGAUCUUAACGCUUUCCAAUGUCAAGGACAUAAUCAGCAUAUUUACCAGAUAAGACACUCUGUCUUGAUGAACGACGAAUUUCAGGAGUCUGAACUGAAGACUCUGGUUGUGACUGUGGAACACUAGGCUCUGAGACAGUCACAGGAUCUGAAAUAAUAUCACAUUGAUUCUUAUCACACUCAAACUCUAACAAUGGUUCUUCCUUAUACAAAAUUGGUUUGAAAUGACUACUAUUUCUCGCCUUCACUUCAUUGCCUCGCUUUGCAAAAUAACCAUUGAACCUCUUUUUUUCAAUGACCUCAAAAGGUUCAGCAUGAAAUUUUGGCAUCAACUUGCCUUGCUUCGUAACAUUCUUCAUAAGAACCUUAUCGCCCUCUUUGGCUCACCGUUAUAGGGGAGUCUAUAGACUAUACGAUAGCCCUGUGUCCGUCGUCGUCGUCGUCGACCGUAUCCUGUGUGGCACGUUUCUUAACCGCUUGUGCUAUGAACUUGAAACUUUGUACACAUGACCUCCUAGGUCAGAGGUACUCUGACACUGAAUUUCGGUCCGGUCUGGUUCAUGACUUGGCCACCAGGGGGCCAAAACUGAAAACAUAAAAAGUGUGAUAUGUCUCCUA